GGAUCUCUCGACCGCUACUGUGGUUCGUGGGGCAACGAUGGACACGCUCCUCGUUCAAUUGUUCGAAGUCGGCUUUUCGGUGUUAUCCCGUUUGAUUGGGUCAUGAGAAAUCCAGAGGUGCUAAGCAGGACGACGUACUGUACUUCCUGCCCGAUGUGCAGACGUUCAGGGAGAAUGUGGUCUAGUAAAAUUCAAGUUCGAGCGGAUUAAGCUGAACUUCUCAAGCAAGAAGGGUGUAGUUGCCAUGGCUCUCCGCAUCCAUAAUAAUGUGCUGGCAAAAUCAUUCACCACAUUCAGCAGCCUGCCCAUUAGCCCCUGCAAGUCUUGGUGUUUAUUGAGUGACGGUCGGUCUUGUGCGGAGAAUGCCUGGGUUGGUCGGUCUUCGUCCGCAAGGCUUAGGUCUUCUGAGUUCGGGAGGCACGUGCUCACCAAUGGCAGACUUGGCAGAGCGAGAGUCAUUUCUCCUAGAGCAGGAUUGGACGUGCCAAUUUCUAGCGAGGAGAUUCCUGUCAAAGAUGGAACUGUGUUGACGGGAGAUGGAAGCGAAUUGAGUAACACAUUGAGGCUCGUGGAAUGUUCGAUGCUUGCAGCAACAGCUGGUUUAGCUUACUUCCUCAGCAAUCUGUUUCGGCUGGAGGCCUAUUUGGGAUGUUUUUUUCCUCUCCCGGUCGUGAUUUCAUCAAUGAGAUGGGGAGCUGCUGCAGGAAGGAAAACCAUGUUGGGAACCGCUAUGCUUCUUCUGGUGCUUUCUGGACCACUGAAGGCUGCAUCAUACCUGCUGAUGCAUGGCUUCACUGGGCUAGGAAUGGGUUCUCUCUGGAGGUGGCGUUCUAGCUGGCUCAUGUCAAUUGCAGUAUGUACAGUGGUGCGGAGUUUAGGAGCAGUGGGCUUCGUUCUUUUGUCAUCUUGGCUGCUGAGGGAAAAUCUUCUCGCACUGAUAACCGUUAAUGCGCACGCUUCAUUCUCGUACAUUCUGGCAGCUGUCGGGAUAAACAUCGUUCCAACCAUGUUGGCGAUUUACUUUGUCUUUGCUGGCUUGCUCUUGAUCAACUGCGGAUCUUUUGUUUUUCUGCUACAUGUUCUUUACGCCAUUUUUUUGAAGCGUCUCGGUAUUCCUAUGUCUAUUGCUGUACCGGGGUGGAUAGAGCGGGCUAUUUGAGUUAAGGCUCUGCUGUCUUCUCCGGAAAAAGACAUUGCACUAGCAAUGCAAGUCGUGUUUUCAUUCAUCUGAAUUGUGUCACAUGACAGCGAGCAGAGUGGAGCAGCCUUUUCAGCGCAAGGGACACUUAGAGGUUCAGAAAUUACAAAGCAGGUGGUUAAACUGAGUUGUUAGAUUAAACAACUCAAUUUAACCACUGCUGUUGUUGUCAAAUGCAACUGAACCAACUGCAGUGGUUGUCAAAUGAUUUCCGUGUGCCAUCGUCGUUCUUGUGUUUUUCUUGUAGCCAGCAAAUAUACAUGCCUUAGUUCAACUAUGAUGAUGGGAAAGCAAUGCAACCGUUGUAGAUCUGUUAAAGGUAGCUGUGCUUGACUACGUGAUCUCCACUGUAGACAAGUAUGGCCUAUGAUAUGAGUUAUAUAAAACCAUAGCCGUUCAUUUUUCUUCUCAGAUUCAGAGAAGGUAAACGAUGUCAGAUCGUCGAUAGACUUUGUUGUGUUUCAGGUCCAUGACAUCUUGUACCUGUAGACUCUAUUGGAGGGGGAUUUUUGAACUUCUGAACUAGCUCGACUAUUCACUUGAACACAAUAGUUUGUGGACGCGAAGCGGUCGGCCUGAGAUUUAAUCCGCUCUAAGUUCAAUGAUAAUGUCUGUUGUAAUGACAAUCGAACUUUGUACUUAUUGUGGUUGCAAGUCUUAUUUUCUUGCAUCAAGACAUCAAUGUUAGUGUAAUAGGAUCCUCCAACAAGG